GUGUCCUCAGAAAUCCACUUUGUGCUAGGCAAAGCGGCACUUGCUCAGCUUGGCGUAGAAGCCAUGUCUGCGCAAGCGGUCAAGGACGUCGUGGAGGUAUCUGAGGUGCUCCUCAAGGGUACGACUGUAGACCAGGAUAUCGUUGAGGUAGACGAGAACGUACUGCUCCAGGAUGUCCCUGAAGAUGUCGUUCAUCGCCCUCUGAAAGGUAGCGGGAGCAUUAGUGAGGCCGAAUCGCGAUCGGAACGCGGUCUUCGGCUGGUCGGCUGCAGCGACGCGGAUCUGAUGGUAACCGCUACGAAGAUCAAUCUUCGUAAAGAAGCGGUUGCCUGCGAGGCGGUCGAACAGCUCAUCGGAACGAGGUAUGGGGUAGCUGUUCUUAACCGUGUAGCGGUUGAGACCGCGAUAGUCGAUCCAGAGACGGAGAGUUCCAUCCACUUUGCGAGCAAAGAGGACGGGUGCACCCCACGGGGAGUUGCUGGGUUUAAUGAAACCCAGUCUCAGGAGCUCCUCAAGCUGACGCUUGAGUUCGGUGGCCUCGGGGAUCGAGAGUCUGUAGGGUGCCUGGUGGUGAACACGAUAGUCAGGCACAAGCUGAAUGGAAUGCUCGAUGUCACGCAUCGGUGGGAUGUCGGCGUACGAGAACGACGAUGGGAAAAUGUUGUGGUACUCUCGGAUGAGGUCACGAACUGCGGGCUCCAGGUCAGCCGUAUAUCGUGUGAGUUCCUCAGCGUCAGCGUCAGCGCGACGGCGGGGUGGACUCGACGGACDGCGGAGGGACGGAAGUAGAGAUGGGAGCCAUGGAGAUAGAGGGAGGCUCUGGCUCCAGAGGGAUGAGCUCGGCGUCGGGACAGGGUGGAUCAUAGUGUAAGAGAUCCGUCACGUCCACCAUAAAGAAGGUGACGUAGUCCUGUCGAAUGAAGUAAGCGAACUGCC